AGGCCGAGGGGAAGUGGGAAGUUGAAUAUCGAGCCCAGCUCGCCCAAAUACAGUGAAGAAUUGAUGAGAAAGAAUGCAGACCUUGAAAGGCAACUGCGGGAUGUACAGAAAUCCAUUGACGAGCUAAAAAGCCCUCGGUCGCAUCAGCAGACUUUGGAUUUGGAUAGUGCUCCGCUGAACCUAUCCAUCACGGCAGAACCAUAUCAAGAGGGAUUCAAAAUUCCCCACCUAGAGACAUAUGAUGGCACGAAAGACCCGGAUGAACAUCUACACACCUAUCAAGCCAUCAUGAGGAUUCAAAACGCCAAUGAUGCUAUGAUGUGCAAAGUAUUCCCGGCGACACUGAAAUCAACAGCCCGAAGAUGGUAUCACAAACUCCCCAGGCAUUCAAUAGAUUCGUUUUCCCAGCUCGCCAAGUUAUUCUCUAACAAAUUUGCAAGCCAAAGGGAGAUCAAGCGCACAGCAACUGAGCUGAUGCAACGUGGCCGGUUCCUAGACGACCUGCUUGAAAACCCACCGAAGACGUGGAAUGAGGUGAAUGACAGGUCAGCCAGCUUCAUACUAUCAGAAGACUUUCAGUCGUCCAAGCGACGAGCUGAUGAUAAGCCGAACAGAGGCCAAGAACAACAACCGAGAAGAGAAGAAAAGAAGAAACAGAAGGUCGGUGAGCAAUGGGGGAAACCAACUGAGUUCCCGAAAUAUGCCAGUUACAUUCCUUUGACCUUACCCAAGUCUCAAAUCCUGGCACAAAUUCAGCACUGGGUUCGGAGACCUCCACCCCCACUACAUGAUUCCUCGAGGGCAGAUAAAAGCAAGCAUUGUGACUACCACCGUGUAUAUGGUCACAAUACCGAGGACUACCAACACUUGAAGGACGAGUUAGAGUUUUUGGCUCGUAACGGGAAGCUAGAAGGGUAUGUCCAGAAGCCUCACACCCAGCAACCCACUCAAACCCAUUUUGUGCAGGCGUAUGACCGACCUCAAGGACAGAGGUACCAGCAUGGGGGGACGCAGGAUGCAUAUCAGGAUAACCAGUAUCCUUCUGAACAGAGCAGAGCGUACCGAGGACGUCCUUUCAACAGGAAAGGGCAGGGACCGAGAACUACUGCCCCGAAUCAAAAAGACAGAAAAGGGGUAGGUUAUGCUGGGAUACCCUCACCUUCUGGUACAAUAAACAUGAUAUCGGGUGGUGUUCACUCAGGGGGCCAAAGCGCCCGAGCUCGCAAGGCAUAUGCUCGACAGGUGAUGACCGUCAACAAAAACAGACCAUUGAAACGGCCGUUUGAGGAAGCAGAAUGGGAAAAUAUGCCCAUUACAUUCAGCCCGGCAGAUUACAAGCGAUUCACCAGAUAUCCUAUACUGGGGUUGCUUCCAGAAGAUGCAGCUAAAUCCGAGCUCGCUUCAGAAGCAUGAAGGGCCAAUAUACGGGUUUGAUAACC